AUGGCGUGCAUCCGCGCGCCCGUGAAGGGGCUCGGGCCCUUCCCUGGCCUCGAGACCGUCAGGAAACGUCUCAGGAUUGUGACCGCCAGCUCAGGCCCUGAGAUGGCUCUGGCCCUCUCCACCCUCCAGAGGGGGCUUGGCGCCGACGACCUCGUCGACGACGACGGAGACCUGUGGGACCUCCAGGCGUCCGCGGAGGGGCUCCGAGCGGGGACUGCCGUGGAGUACUUCAGCAGCAAGCAGCAAAAGUGGAUUGGCGCGCUGGUGGAGUCCGUCCGCGAAGACCCCUCGGGUGCCGGGCCGCUGUACGACGUCCUGACUAGGGGGAGCAGCGGCACACAGCAGGCGCGAGGUGUGAAACCUUCGCAGCUACGUCCUCUCGCUGGACAGCGCAAAAGGCCAGCUGCGCCGGAUGCCACAAAGGGCAGGGCUGGCCGUGCGGCGAGAAGUGACGGUGCGGACAAGCUCCAGGAAUCGAAGAAUGUUGGCCAUCAGAUAUCGUCUGGUGAUAAUGUCUUGUACUUCAGCAGCACCGAGAAAAAGUGGGUCAAGGCAAAAGUUCAUGCAGUCAAUAAAGGACCCGAUGGAAAGACCAUCUCGUACGAUUUGGAUGCGAAGUCUCAGGCAGCGGUUGGAAGAGUAAGACCGGCUGGCAAAGCGGAUCACCCUACUGACGCAGCGGCUGAGAAAGUUGCAGAGAACAGGACCAAGAAGAGGACCGCCAACGGCAGCCUGAAGAACCCUGCACACGGAGGUGGCAGUGGCAACACUUCUACCUUCAAGGAGGGUGACCUUGUUCAAUAUUGGAGUAAGAAAACUGGAACCUACGUCCGGGCCAUCGUGCAGGCGUCGCGGCAUCAGGAUGGAGUGGUCUUGUACGACCUCCGCUGCAAGAACAUGCUGGUCAAAGGUGCACCCACAGGGCGUGUCCGUGUGUUGAAUCGCGAGGCCAAAGCCAAGGGCGCAAGCCGAUCGUCCGCGAAGCUGCCGAGGACCAAAGCUAAAGCUCCUGUCCAUCCACAGGAGGGGGUGCAGCAGUCCGAGGCCAAGGCGGCCAAGGGCGUCAGCAAAGGCUUGUACGCGGCUGGGGACGAGGUAUGGUACUGGAGCGGCACAGCCUCCAAGUGGGUCAAGGCCCAGGUGAAGGGCCUCAACGUCGCAACCAACGGGAGCGUAGUGUCCUACAACCUGAACAUGAAGGAGAAGGUUGAUUUCUCGAGGAUGCGAGCUGCUUCUGUGGAGGACCCGGACACGCCCCCGCCGGACCCGCCCGCCGCCGCCGGGACUUCCUUCCGGGCGCCGUUCGCGGCCACCGCCGCGGCCCCAGCCGCAGGCAGCGGUGCAUCCAGCAGGCGUCAAGCCGCUGAGAAGCCGAGCCAGCAGCCAGCAGGAGGAGGCGACGCGUAUCGAGUUGGAGAUGCUGUGCUGUACUGGAGCAAGCAGCAUUCCAAGUGGAUGAAUGGGGAGAUCAAGAAAAAGAGGCGGCAUGACAAGACGCUGCUGUACGACGUCCUGUGCAAGAACGUGUACGUCCGCAGCGUGCCAUCCGGUCGCCUGCGGCGGUGCCGCCCGCAGGCCGCCGCCAAGCAGCAGCCCGCCGCGGCAGCCGGCAGGGGCCGUGGCGCGGAAGCCGCCCGCCCCGGCGACGCGCUCGCCUCCGCCGCCAGCGAGGCCCCGCAGGAUGCGAAGGCCGCCGGCGCAGCGCCGGUGAGGAAGCCCACCUCGACAGGCGGCGACGCGCCCGCCGCCCCGGGCGUGGGCGCUGCCGCGCCCGGUGCGGGGGCCGCUGGC